AUGUCGGAGGAUCGGGAGCGGAGCAAGAUCUCCCUCCGGAGCGGCAAGCGGAAGGCUCGCCCUCAGAUUAGUGCACCGCGACAGAUCUCGGAACCCAUUCUGCAAGAUGGAUCAGGCCCUGUACGGCCCCCCGACUCGAGGCCGGCGGCCGAUGCUGGCCCCCCUCCAGUUCAGCCAAGGCUUCGGCCGCCGCCUCAAGCUGGAGGAGGAAAGACCUCGGACUUGGUGAAGCGACGAUAUUCGACGCGGUUUAAUAAUCUGCCGAACGACUUCGAUGUGAACAAUCCGCCGGUACCGGCCAUGCCAUCUCUUGACAAGUACGAAUCCCGCCAGCGCAGAGCAGCACGCCCACCUCCAAGCCGUGGGGGUGACUCCGCCCCCGCUCCAGUCGUUGAUAUCAAGGCAUUACGAGACCCCGAUUUGGCGCCAGAUCAAUAUGUCGCCAACUUGCUCAGUGAGGCAUCAGAGGACCAGAUCCGCGAGUUCGAGGAAAGCCUGCGCAGCCUCAAAAGCCGGGCCGAUGCAGAUCUGCAGCAGAACGUUUUGCAGAACCGCACUCAGUUCAUCAAAAUCAGCAAGGAGGCUGAGAAACUCAAGGGCGAGAUGCGGGCGCUAAAAAACCUCAUGACCGAUCUCAAGGUCAACACGACGGCGCUGCGACAGGCCUCGAACAAUGGGAACAUUGAGUCAUCUGACCUUGGCGGAGAGCUUACGACGGGCAUGAGCAAACGGGACAGGCGAAGUUCGGUCGCCGAUCGAAGCGCACUGUGGAACUCGCAAAUGCAGGCACUUUACAAGAACGUUGAGGGGUCCCAGAAGUUCCUGCCCAACUCUGCCCGUCGCCACGUUAUUCAAAAUGCGGGCGCAUGGAUCGAGCUGGACAAUGCCACUUACAAGUCCCGCCGAGCGAUGCAGAUAUUCCUCUUGAGCGACCACCUGCUCAUUGCCUCUCGCAAGAAGAGGAAGGCGGAUGUGCCUUCACGUGAGGCACAAGGCCCCCUCGUCAAGCUGGUUGCCGACAGGUGCUGGCCACUGCUCGACAUCGAAGUGGUUGACAUGGCAGGGUCGAGCGAUAAUUCUACAACCAGAAACAAGCUAGCGGACGCUAUCAUGGUUAGAGGUGUCGGCCAAGAAUCCGUCAUUUACCGGACUGAAAAGCCCGAGGACAUGGAGAAGAACAGCCUACUUCUGAACAUUCGCAAGGCGGUGGAGGAGUUGCGCAAGGAGAGACAAUCGGAGCUGGAGGCGAACAACAAGGCCAAGGAGACCAUCAACUACUUUGCCUCCCGGGACCCGGGUCUGCUUCAGAAAACAGAGCUGCUGGAGACGCUAUCCGAUAUCAAGGAUAUGCUCAUCGAAGUCGAUGGAAAGCAGCAGAACCUACGAUGGGUAGAAAGCCAGAUGGACGAGCUCGACAUCGACAUUGCGCUACAGAGCUUCGAGCCGGCCGUUGGCCGCGUCGAGAAACUCAAGAGCCUCGCCCGGGGGCUGAAGAACAACGUGGUGGCGCAGGACUUUAUCAGCUUCAAGGUCGAAGAGCGGUGCGCUAAGUUGGCGGGCAUGAUCAUUCGCGAGCUGGAAACGACGCACACUGCGCCUACGAAGAACAAGCGAAACAUCAGCUGGUUAGCCAGACUGGGCUACGAGGACAGGGCUCGCGAGGCUUAUCUGCUAGCGAGGCACAGCAUCAUCCAGAAGAGGUCGAGGCAAUGCAUCUUCCAGGGUAACUUGCACCAGUACAUCUGGGAAGUCUCAUUUGUUUACUUUUCACUCAUCCGUAACACUGUGAGCUGCUUUCACGCAUGCUUUCCCCCGCCCAUGAUGAGUGCCUGCGUCAAAUGGGCCAAGGAAGAGGUGGAGACUUUCAAUGGCAUCCUUGCCCGUCAGCUCAGUGGUACUGAGCGCGGCGGCAAGGUAUGGACUGACUGCAUGGAGCGAGCACACGAGCACGCAAAGAUGUUGAACGAGGUGCAGCUGGAUUUCCGCACUCUUGUCGGACGGGACCUGGACCAGCCGUCGGGAGUUACCAGUCCGGUUGGCCUCGGGCUGUCGUAA